AGAAUAUUGACAUUACUAUCCCUAUACCAGACGAUAAGCAUGAUCAAUCUGUGACUGAUGGCCUCCAAGUUCAGCAAAGCGAAGUAGAUAAACUGUUAUUCGUGCGUAAAAUUAUGAGCAUUAAGAAACUUUUCGAACAACGAGAAAAGACUCACAAAGAGUCAAGCAUCUUUGAAAAGAAUCGUAAAUCAAUGGCCAGAAGAGGCAGCCAAGCCUAUAUGGCCUUUGAUGAUAAUAAGAUCAAGAAUAGGACCAAUAUUUGGAAAAACCUUAGCAAUUUUGUACUGAAGAACCAGGACAAGUAUAGUCUCAAAGAGCUGAUCCUAUUGAGACAGUGUAAAGCCUAAGAUCCUAAAGGCUUUAAAUGACUUGAAGCAUAUGAAAGAUCUAGUGCUGGAAUCACAUGAGAAGUUCCAGAGUUAUAUCUUCAAUAAGUUCAUCAAUCUUUCAGGAAUAGAGGAGAUUUCUCCUGAAAUGACUGUCUUCUUGACUCUGAUGUACGAUAAAUGGUACUAUGAGCGGCUUAAAGCUGACCCAAAGUUCAAACUUGGAGUCCAGAAAGAUGAAGAGACUAUCCAAAUGAAGAAUGGCAUGAUGAGAGCUAUUUUCUAUAAUGAGAGACCUACCCUAACCUCUGAGAUGCAUCAGAUGAAACAUCUGGUUUCCAUUAAUCGUGACAGAAAAUUACAAAUGGACCUGAUUGAGAAACAUGUGAAAAAGGCCUUCUUUCCUGAUUUUAGAGGUUCAAGAAAGAAAAAGAACUGGAUCAAAAGUUUGUCCAAAGUUAAGGUCUCAAAGCUUAAUAGGAGUAUCUCCAUCACACAGAAAGAUUUGAACCCAAAGGCAUUAGAUUUAAAGAAAUUAACUCCUGGUAAUCCAGGAUGAAUGAAAAGAAAGAGUAAAUCCUUCUUUGGAGUCUUGCCUGGAACAAUUAACGAAGAAUUAGAGCCAGCCUAUCCAGAACAUAUAAAAAAGAAUAUUACCUCUAAAAAUGCAAUUCCAAAACCAAUAAUUCAGAUUGAGAGCCCAGAUAAUUCACCUCAGUUUCCACAAAGUUCCCUUAAACUUCAAAAAUAAUAUUUCAGAAAUCCCACAAGCCUCAGAGAUUGACCCUAAAAAUCUAAGACCCCAAAAAAAGCACAAAAAACCCUCAAGAAAGCUCAAAAGACCUCCAAACGCCCUUAAUCCCCCUCUAAAAUCUAAAAUACACCUUAAAACUAAAAUGAUCCACUCACCCACUCUUCCUAAAUCUCCAGCAGCCACUCGCCAUCCCCUAAUCCACACCACAUCAAACAAGCCUAUCCUCAAUAACACCUCUAUUGUCCGUGAAAACAGGAAAUGGAUCAAAAAGGACGUCGUCACAAAAAUAAAAACGCUUAAAUUCAAGUUCAACAAGCGAAUCAAAAGUAUUAACAGAAAUAGAAGUAGGGACAAGACUCCUUUCAGCCCAAAAGCUGUCCCUGAUAUUAAACUUGUCAUACCAGAAAUUGCAAGGAAUGCUGUCAGUCCUAGCGCCAAGAAUUCAUAUAACAAAUGAGCUGUGAGUCCAAGUCAUUAUUCAAGUACUUUUACUCAGAACAGGAGCAUAUGAUACGACGUGUUCACUCCUUCACCUCAACUUGACUUCUCAAGUCAUAAGAGGAGUAUUCAGGAGACUUUUAGUAGGAAGAAACGUAUUUUUCCUAUCAAAAUUGGUAGUUCAAAGGAGAUGAAGUCUUUCAAAAUGAAGCGAAGCUUCCCAAUGCGCUUGUACAACCCUUCAUUUGACAUUGUUUAACAU